GUAAUGUUGUUUUCAUGUAGUAUAUAGGAGAAGGACUUUAAAUGAAUGGUAAAAUAAAUUAAGCGUUAACUUAAUGACCCUCUCCAGUUGACUUACCUUAGCCAGUUGUAUAGCUAGCUAGUGUUAGCAUGAUGGCCAUUUCGACUAACGUUAGCAAGCACAUCAGCCAGAUUGUCAACAGUAGCUUUAGCUAAAUGUGCGAUAUAACGACCUCGGUUAAUCCAGCUUACUAUCGGACAAAAACAAUGAGUUAUUUAGCUAGCUGGUUGUGUCGUAGCUAAGAUGAACAGCACUGUUAAGACAUUUGGUGAAGUAUUUCUUCUGUAAGGAAGCUGUAUGUAAGCGUAACUAACGUUAGCUAUCGCUAGGUACCUAUGCAUAAACACGUCGUUUUUAUUCCUGCGCUCUUAACAACACUGCGUUUGUUCUAGAAAUGUAAGGUGUAACUUAUCCACACCACGUCGUUCUGUCCUAAAUGGUGGAUGCCUGAAUGAUUUGAAAUAUGGUGUAAGAAGAAUCAGGGUUUGUGUGAUUCACAUGCUGUAACCUUACAGACUGUGUUGCUUGGGGAGACGUGAUCUGUUGUUAUAAUUGAGUCCAUAGGCUUGUUUGGCCUGUACUCGAAAGUGUAUGGAGCAAGAACACAGUUCCUUUUCAACUUUUUUUUCACCUUACACAUUCCGAGGAUACCGUGAUGUGAUGUGAACUGAACGGUGGCAAAAAAAAAGAUUGAACUCAGUGAUGAACGGCAAUGCCAGCAAGAGGGCGCCCACCACAGCAACGCAGCGACUGAAACAGGAUUACCUCAGAAUCAAGAAAGACCCCGUGCCUUACAUCUGUGCAGAACCUCUACCCUCCAACAUUCUAGAAUGGCAUUAUGUAGUUCGAGGCCCUGAGAAAACUCCAUAUGAAGGUGGCUAUUACCAUGGAAAAUUAAUAUUCCCUCGGGAGUUCCCCUUCAAGCCUCCGAGCAUUUAUAUGAUCACACCAAACGGGAGGUUUAAGUGCAACACACGGUUAUGCCUCUCCAUCACCGACUUCCACCCAGACACCUGGAACCCUGCGUGGUCCGUCUCCACCAUCCUGACAGGCCUGUUGAGUUUCAUGGUGGAGAAAGGCCCCACCCUCGGCAGCAUUGAAACAUCAGACUACACGAAACGACAGCUCUCUGCCCAAAGCCUGGCGUUCAACCUUAAGGACAAAGUGUUUUGUGAACUGUUUCCAACAGCGGUUGAGGAGAUCAAGCAGAAACAGAAGGCUCAGGAGGAGCUGAACUCACGACCCCAGGCUCUGCCUCUGCCCGAUGUCGUACCCGACGGCGACGGGCAUCACGCCCACUACGGGGCACCGGUCCUGAAUGGCCACGCCCCCCUGGCACCAGGUGUGGCUGCGGCCCCCGCCGGCGGUCUCCAGGCCAACCGCAACCAUGGACUACUGGGCGGAGCGCUGGCAAACCUGUUUGUGAUCGUGGGCUUCGCUGCGUUUGCGUACACGGUGAAGUACGUGCUGCGGAGCAUAGCCCAGGAAUGAGUGGCCCGGGGGGUGAGGCAGCCCAGUGGGCUACUAGAAAAGACAUGGCAAGAUGAGACAGACAGUGAGAUGAGACGAGACAGUGGGCUCGCAUUCUCCCAGUGGGCUACUAGAAAAGACAUGGCAAGAUGAGACGAGACGAGACAGACAGUGAGAUGGGAUGAGAUGAGACGAGACAGCGGGCUCCCAUUCUCCCAACCACAAGCACAAAGAUGGCAAACCUGCUGCCCCGUCUGAACCACAGAGGGGAGGGAGGGAGGGAGCGAGUGAGUGAGUGUGAGGGAAGGGAGGGAAGG